CCCUCCUCCUCGCCCCCCCCCCUCCCCGCCUUGCCUCCGUCCCCUCCCCCUGCGCCUCAGUGUCACGCGCUGCCGUUGUCGCCAGACUGGCAUCUCCGCCAUUUCGCGCUCCACCCUCCCGCAUCUUCUUCGUGCAGGACUGAGCUCCCGCCUGGCUGUCACCCCUUCGCAAGCAGCACCUCCCCCCGCUCCGCGAAUGGUCCCCCCCGUGUCUUCCCUCCCGAUUCCCACCUUCACACACCGCGUGGACCCGCAACCGGAGCGGGCAUACCCCUUUCCGAAUGACAGUUUCUACGAGGUGGCCGGACGCUUUUACCAUGCCCUGCGUGAGCUCCGGCAUCUGAACCGUCCGGGGGAUCUCCUCCAGCGCGCGGCCCCGGUCGAUGGCACCCUUCCGCCGACUCCCACGGCGCCGGUGCCCGACAGCGGUGGUGGCGGCGGCGGCGGUGGACGCCUGCAAUUUGACAUCGCCUACGAACAUUCCCAUGCCCCGACAUCGGCCGAGCUGGCCCGCGUCCGCCGUGCCGUGCUGGACAUCCACUCGCCCGAUUACAUCCGCUGGCUGGUCGAGGCAUCGGAGUACUGCUGCCCGCGCAGCCAGACCAGCGCAGCGCGUGCCCGCCUGGAAGCCCUGGCCUUGCGCAACCCCAGCUCCUCGCAGCUGCUGCACCUGCAGUCAGUGGUGCAUGGCCUCGAGCGCCAUGGCUCGUCUUCCUCCGAUUCCGAUGAUUCCUACUCCGAUGGCGAGGGUGGUCGCUUGCGGGCCGGGUACAGUGGCUUCCGCGACCCGGCCAUCGUUGACUCCGAUGAGGAGGGCCACACCAUCAUCGCCGAUGUCAUGCCCCCGCACCAGAGCCAGCAUACCGGGCGCAAGGGCAUCCGGCCGCCGCUGCUGGACGAGUCGUUCCCCGAUUCGCAGGCCGGCUUUUGGAUUUACGAUGCGUGGACACCGAUUACCUCCCUGACUCUGCAAGCGGCGCUCAUGUCCUCGCAUUGUGCCAUGCGCGCGGCAGAUACCUUGGUGAAGAUGAUCGCCGCCGGGUCGGCCUCAGGGCAAGCCGGCGGGCAUCUGCCCAUCAGCUACUCGCUGGCUCGGCCGCCGGGGCACCAUGCCUCUUCCGGUCGUGGUGGCGGCUACUGCUAUUUCAACAACACCGCCGUGGCGGUGCGUUACAUGCAGGGGCUCCUCGCGGGAACCACCGGCCCCGACACCAAACGCCCCCGUGUGACCAUCCUCGACAUCGACUACCACCAUGGUAAUGGCACGCAGGACAUCUUCUACGAGGAUCCCUCCGUGCAGUAUGUGUCCCUGCAUGCCUCGCCCUCCUUCGGUGGGGAGCCCUACUUCUCCGGGCACGCCGAGGAGACUGGCGCCGGGCCGGGGGUCGGCUUCACGGUCAACAUCCCCCUGGCUCCGCCGAUCACCGAUCGCCGGUACUUCCGGGCCCUUGCUCGCCGGGCUCUGCCGGCCAUCCGGGACUUCGCCCCCGAGGUGGUGGUCGUGUCUCUCGGGUGCGACAUCACUCGGGUCGAUCCGCUCGCGCACAUGGGCGGCAUCGGUGACCAAACCCUCGCCCGUGUGGGCCAGGCUGUCCGGUCUCUCGGCCGCCCGGUGCUGGUCAUUCACGAGGGCGGCUACAACUCCAAGACAAUCGGUCGGUCCAUCGCGUCCUUCUUUUCCGGCCUUGUGAAUGACCUUCCCACCGCAGAGGGGCUCCUGGCACACACCGACAACCCGGUCGAGGAUGUGGGCAGCGACGCGGACAUCCCACUUGAGGACGUCGGCCACUUUGAGCAGUGCGACACGAUCGCCGAUGGGUAUGUGCCAGCCCAGCGUGAUGAGCGUCUGCUCCAGGCGGAGGUCGCCAGCGCUCACACUUGGCAGGAUUCCUGGAUCACUGGUGACGCGCUGGACGAUGUCGACCACUGCCCCUGAGUAGAGGGGGGGAGGCCACAACGAACAAGCAGAGAGAGAUGGCUGGGCGGUCGGAACCGGAAAGCCGAAAAAGAAAAAAAAAGAACAAGCGCCCUUCCCCUCCCGGGGGUGGUGACCGCGCCCAAUGCAUAUUUCUUUCCGCGCUCACACUUGCCCAGCCCUCGGUCUGCGCCGAGCCAAAUACACUGUCCAACUCCACCGCAGGCAGA